AUGAAGUCGUUGUUUGUGGUGGCGCUGCUGAUCGGCAGCUGUUUCGCUGGCUGGGAGGAGGACCUGUACCUGUCGAAGCGCCGACUUCCACGUGGCAUCGUUCCACCGCUCGGUAAGCCUGCCAACAACAAUGGUCGAAUCGUUGGUGGGUUCGAGGCAAACAUUGCCAACUUCCCGUACCAGCUGUCGUUGCGCCAGAAUGGUGCCCACAUCUGUGGAGCUUCGGUGAUCUCGAGCAACUACGCCCUCUCGGCUGCCCACUGCACGUUCCCGGCACCUCCCGUAGCGGCGAUUUCACUGCGCGGUGGCAGUACCGACCGAACCCAGGGCGGUGUCUUGUUCCAGGCGGCGGCCAUCAUCAACCAUCCAUCGUACUCGGACGGCAGUCUGGACUUUGACGUGUGCGUCAUUCGCAUCACGACAUCGUUCGUCGGUUUGCACAUCAGCCCGGCGACGCUGGCCCCGGAGGGCACGGACUAUCCGGCCGGUACGCGCACCAUGGUGUCGGGCUGGGGUGCCACCAGCCCCAUCGGUGGCCUGCCCAUCAAUCUGAUGGCCGUCGAAGUGCCACUUAUCUCGCAGGAAAGCUGCCGCGGAAUCUGGGGUGCAGCGAGCGUUACCGAUAACAUGAUUUGCGCCAGCGAACCUGGACGGGACGCGUGCGGUGGUGACAGUGGCGGACCGCUGACCAACAAUGGCCGACAGAUCGGUAUCGUGUCUUGGGGUUCGCCGCUGUGCCAGGGCAACUUGCCGGGUGUGUAUGCUCGUGUGGCCGCCCCAGCCAUCCGCGGUUUCAUUCGUGACACCGUCGGUGUUUAG